AUGUCUGCGCGUCAAAGCAACGGUAAUUAUCACAUUGGAGAUAUCACAUUUCGCGCAAGACGUGUAGGAUCAACAAUCUGGGUCAGUGGAGACUCGGCCACGGCACGGAAACCUGUAACUCCAUUACCUGUAUCUGGGUCAGUGCUCGCGUCUGCCAAUCUUACUCCAACCCUUCCUUCGGAUUCUCCCUUGAAUAUAACGCGCCAAUGGACAGUAGCUAACAAUGUUCUUCAAAUGCUAUUCAUCGUAACAAAUCUGCAAAACACGCCUGUGGAGAUUGGUGCUCUUGGGAUGCCAAUGGAAUUUAACAAUGUGAGUUCUGAGGUGAUUUCUGAGGAUAUAUCUGACAAGCACCAGAUAUUCACUGAUCGUACAGCCGCUCAAACAAAUGAAUUGUGCAGCCUUUUUGAUCCAUACAUUGGGCAGGAUGCAGGAUUUGUGCAGGUCACUCCUUUACUGGGCACAUCUCCACCACUAGUUGUUCUUCCUGUUGGCAAAACUCCCUUGGAAGGUUGGCGAUUUCUCCCUGAAUCCACUUCAGCAACUCCUUUUUAUCAAUCUCAGACAUUUGAGGGCUUAUACGAAUGGCAAUCACAUACAUUGGCAUAUGCUCAGAAUGAAUGGUCUCAGGUAACGCCCUGGAAUGUUCCCACCUCUUUCAUUUUACAACCCGGUGCCAGUCGCACUUAUGGUCUACAGUUUCGAUUAGCGCCUUCGAUCCGCCAGAUCGAACAGACGAUCAUAGCCGCCAACCAUCCUGUUGCAGCUGGUGUUCCAGGAUAUAUCAUUUCUUCUGACCAAAAUGCAAAGCUCUUUUUGAGCUAUUCUUCUCCUGUUCAAUCCAUCUCUGUAACCCCUCCCGGAGCUUUGACUUGGUCGGCAAAUAACGACGCAAAAACACCUACAUGGACUGGCUACGAUAUCACACCUUUUACUUGGGGCAGAGCUCGACUAUCCAUCACCUAUGCCGACGGUACUUUGCAGACAGUUCACUAUUACAUUACGAAGUCGGCUACAGAAGCUAUCUCUAACCUCGGUUCUUUUUUGACAACAUCCCAGUGGUUCAACUCCACAACUGAUCCCUUCAACCGUUCUCCUUCUGUUAUCAGCUAUGACCGCGAGGUGAACGCGAUCGUCCUGAACGACCCGAGAGCCUGGAUCCCUGGUCUCAGUGACGAGGCAGGAGCAGGCUCAUGGCUUGCCGCAGUCAUGAAGCAGUAUGCACAACCUAAUGUUGCAGAGGUCGCUAAGUUGGAACAAUUUAUGAGCAAAACGUUAUGGGGCUCCGUGCAAAACGCCGAUGGAUCUGUCAAGAAGUCAGUCUUCUUCUACCAACCCGCGUUGGUCCCAAAUUACGCUUAUCCGCCUUCUAUCAAUUGGGGUAAUUGGUGGUCUUGGAAUCAAGCCACUUCCUUUGCUACUGACCGUGCGUAUGACUAUAUCCAUGUCACUGCUGCCUACUGGGCGCUAUACCGCGUAGCGCGCAAUUAUCCCAACCUUGUUAAGACACAUACUUGGCAGUGGUACAUCAACCAGGCCGUCCUUACCGUUUCUUCUAUGACAAAUGGUAAAGUGGGAUACGCUGGAGAUGGGUUGAUGGGAGAAACGGUCCUCCUCUAUUUGCUAGACGACCUUAAGCGGGAGGGCUUGACCGACAAUGUUACUCUGGUUGAGGAUAGAAUGCGCUCACGCGCAACAGUAUGGGCAGGAGAGCGUUAUCCAUUUGGGUCCGAAAUGGCCUGGGACUCUACAGGACAGGAGGGCGUAUAUGGGUGGAGCAAAUACUUUGGCAAUAAUGCGACAGCGACCAAUGUAAUAAAUUCAAUUUUGGCCUACCAGCCACUAGUUCCUCAUUGGGGAUACAAUGGCAAUGCUAGACGAUACUGGGAUAACAUUUAUGGUGGAAAGCUCCAACGAAUUGAGCGUCAAAUUCAUCAUUACGGCAGCGGCCUUAAUGCUCUCCCUCUCAUUUCAGAGUUCCAAUCCAAUCCAUCCGACUUCUACCUCCUUCGCGUUGCCUUUGCUGGGUUGAGCGGACCUUUGUCGAACAUCGAUCAAGAUGGGUUCGCAGCCGCUUCCUUCCACUCCUUCGCCGACACUCUGAAGUGGGACGCUUAUUCUGGCGACUAUGGCCCUAACUUCUCCGGCCACACUCUGGGAAUGGGGACAUUUAUCAUUAAUCAUCCAGACUUCGGCUGGCAGGCCUUUGGUGGUAACAUCCUCUCGACAUCCCCGACUGUGAAAGUGCAAAUACGUGAUUCCAUUCGCCGCCGCGUGUACAUUGCACCCAUAGGGUGCAUGUUAAAUCUUGAUGCUGGAGCAUUUUCCGUCGUCGAGUUCGAUCCUCUAUCCAAGGCGGUCACUUUGGCCGUGACUGCUGCACCCGAUGGUGCUGUUGAAGCUGCCACGGCGACGCAAGGCAGAUUGACAAUUCAGCAAAAGGCUAUUUUACCAGGAGUUGGAAUUCUCAAGACACCCCCGGCCCUACAGGAGGAUGCAGGGGCAUUCGUCAUUCCUUUCACAAAUGGACAGGCCCAGGUCAACUUAUUUGUAGGAUAA